GCUCAGCGCUCAGCACUUGCCAUCCCUCCUCACCACUCACCUGCAAGCAGCUUGCUCUGCGCUGCCCAGUCAUCCAUCGAACACAAGGCCGCCAUGAAGCUCAUCGGUAAACAUAUCGACAAAGACCGCUCAGGCCAUGUUGCGCUGCGUCCUGAGGACGACGAGGAUAUGUGGCAUCUCUACAACCUCAUCUCGGCGGGUGACCGUGUCCGAGCACCUGCCAUCCGCCGAGUGCAGAAUGUAUCUGCAACGGGGUCGACCGAGUCGCACCGCGUCCGGCUGAAUCUCACCCUUGCCGUCACCCGCGUUACCUGGUCCCCGGCUACUGCAGCCGCCCCUGGUGACCCGUCGUCUGCGAAUACCUCGAGCGGCGGAGGCGAAGCGACCGCGUCGCUGCAGAUCGCAGGGCAGGUCGCGGAGGAGAACCAGCACGUGAAGAUGGGCGCAUUCCAUACGCUCGACGUUGAGGUGAAUCGGGACGUGCGGAUUGUAAAGGAGGAAGGGGGCUGGGAUAGCAUUGCUCUUGGUCGAGUGCAAGAGAGCUGUGUCCCAGGGCGGGGCGCUGAAGUCGCCGCUGUGGUCUGCGGGGAGGGUACCGCAAUCUUCUGCCUCCUCUCCGAACACAUGACCGUCAUCCUCCAACGCCUCGAAGUCCCCAUUCCGCGCAAGAUCGCGACCGGCAGCUCCGCGCACGAGAAGGGCCUGACCAAGUUCUACACAUCUCUCUACGCAUCAUUCCUCCGGCACAUACCCUAUUCCAACCCCGGACUGCGCGCCAUCGUCAUCGCGUCUCCGGGCUGGGUGCGCGACGCCGUUCUCGACUACAUCAUGGCGGAGGCCAGUCGCACUGGGAACAAGCCCCUCAUGGGCUCGCGGAACAAGUUCCUGAAGGUGCAUGUGAACAGCCCACAUGUGCACAGUCUAGUGGAAGUGCUCAAGAGUCCGGAAAUCAUCUCGCAGCUGAAGGAGACGAAGUUUGCGAGGGAGGGUAUUAUGCUUGACAAGUUCUUCAAGAUGUUAGGCACAGACGAGAUGCGUGCUUGGUAUGGCUCAGACCAUGUCGCCCUUGCAGUAGACCGAGGUGCCGUCGGGACACUGUUGAUAUCUGAUGAGCUAUUUCGAGCGAGUGAGGCGGAGCUGAGGAAGAAGUAUGUCAGGCUCGUGGAGAACGUCCGACAACGCGGCGGUGAGGUCUUGAUCUUCUCAAGCAUGCAUGAGUCUGGGCAGCAAUUGAACCAGCUAACGGGCAUUGCGGCCAUAUUGACGUACCCGCUGGACAUUGAAGUAGUGGAGGCGGAAGAACGGGAAGCCAAAGAAGAGGAGGAGCGAAGGAAAGCAGAAGAGAACGGUGAAGUGGAAGCGUCGAGUUGAUCCUCAACGUUGCCGAGGUUUCGUCAAUGGAAAUUUCAUCCCAUGUAUCGAUAGAGAACAAAUUGGAUAGUGUAGCAGAAUUGAUACAUGUUUUCUAUGCUACGGA